CAUUACAUUGGAGGUGGUUCGGACUUUUAAUUGCAACAAGGCUCGUCAGAUUAUUUGAGUUUGAGAAGAUGGUUUUGAGUUGGUGCCAAUAUUAACGCUUGUCAUUUAAACGCACAACUUUGGCUGAAACAUUCUUUCUGUCCGAUGCCUCGGGUGGUGUUUCUCCAUCCGGAUCUUGGUAUUGGAGGUGCAGAGAGGCUGGUGGUUGAUGCUGCCGUAGCCUUAAAGGCUCAAGGAUGCAGUGUUCAGAUCUGGACGGCCCAUUAUGACCCAAAACACUGCUUCUCUGAGACCCGGGACCCAGAUCUUCCUGUGGUAUGUGCUGGCGACUGGCUACCCACCAGCGUGUUUGGCUACCUGCACGCUCUGUGCGCGUACCUCCGGAUGAUCUAUGUGGCCUUCUACCUGGUCUUCCUCAGCGGCGUGGAGUAUGACGUCAUCUUCUGUGAUCAGGUAUCGGCCUGUAUACCGGUGCUGCGGUUGUCCCGACACAAGAAGAAAGUCCUGUUCUACUGUCACUUUCCAGACCAGCUGCUGACCCAGAGGAAGUCGGCCCUGAAGAGGCUCUAUAGAGCUCCUAUUGACUGGUUGGAAGAGCGCACCACUGGCAUGGCUGAUAUGAUCCUGGUGAACAGCCAGUUCACUGCAGGCAUCUUCAGGGAGACCUUCCGCAGUCUGAACCACGUCCACACAGACGUCCUCUAUCCGUCCCUCAACACCAACGUGUUUGACCAGUCGUCCACGGACGCACAGGGCCUGCAGGGGCUGCUUCCUGAGGGGACGUCCCACCUCUUUCUGUCCCUGAACCGAUACGAGAGGAAGAAGAACCUGGGCCUGGCUCUGGAGGCCCUGGCGGUCCUGAGAUGCAGCCUCACACCGGCUGAGAGAGCCGGGGUUCACCUGGUGGUGGCCGGCGGCUACGACGACCGCGUCACCGAGAACGUCCAGCACUACACGGAGCUGAAGGAGCUGGCCGAGCAGCUCCACCUGGAGGACGGUGUCACGUUUAUGCGCUCUCCCUCCGAUUCCCUGAAGGUGGCGCUGCUGCAGACCUCCGCGGCAGUGCUCUACACGCCCAGCAGGGAACAUUUCGGGAUCGUUCCCGUGGAGGCCAUGUACUGCGGCUGUCCGGUUAUCGCCGUGAACUCCGGGGGGCCCCUGGAGAGCGUGGCAGACGGGGAGACGGGCUUCCUGUGUGAGCCCGCGGCCGAGGCCUUCUCUAAGGCCAUGGAGAGGCUUAUCAGGGACACGCGCCUCCGCAGGGACAUGGGGCAGGCUGGGAGGAGGAGGGUGGAGGAGAGGUUCUCUCUUCAGGCCUUCUCAGACCAGCUGUAUGGGUAUAUUGUCCAGCUGAGCAAGUGAUGGAGAAGGAGGGGAAAACUAGGGAAAUGUGAAACGGAAGGACUGCUGGGUGUAUAUUGCUGUGCUUUAGUCUUGUUUUGUUUUAAUUCCCAGGAGCCGGAGGUUUUUGUUUCCACGGAGUAUUUAAAUCUAAUUUUCAGACCCCGCCUUGAGUCUUUGAUAGUUUAAAACUCAGGACUCGCUGCACAGUUUGGCUCAGGGCCAUGACUGGAUAGAAAAUGAGCCUUAAAAGCGGUCCAUGAAGCGACUAAACUGCUGGUCAGGGCCGGCUCGAAGGUUCACCAGCAGGUCCGGCUCGCUGGAAGACCAAACACAAGUGCGCGUUGACACUUUUGGCACAGUACUGUACAUGUGAACCGAGCUUGGUGGGUAUUAUUAGUACUUAGAGGACAAUUAAUCAGCCUUCCCCACGAGAGGUUGCUGCGAGGCGAGAAAGGAUGGAAUCCCUGUACCAAUUAAGAAAUGAGAAAUUAGUUUACCUGUCCUGUUGCGGGAAAAAUGCCACCUUUUGUGUGUCUGGAACUGUGUGGGGGGGUAAAAAGCGCUGCAACGUGGCAACCGAGAGCCUGGGAAAUGAGUCUCCAACGAGGAUUGAUUGUUAGCAUGAAAUGUUUUGCCCUGUUUGUGUGUGCGCGUAGUUUUCUUCCCCCCCUUCUACGGCACAUUUUGUUUUCGUGUCUCUUUGGCGAUGAAGAGGAGCGGAGUCAUCACCGGAUGCCAUCAGGCAGCGCGCCAUCUCGGAUCGAUAAGGUGGAUGUUUUCUGCCGCAUCCUGUCCGUCCAAAGCUUUGUCCCCUUUCCCUGCGGCUGGCGUAAAGGGUUAUUAGCAAAUGAUGGAGCGUUUGGCUUUAUUAGAGGUCUGGCUGAUGGGCGGUGUGCCUGUGUCUGGGUCAUUAUCAAUGAGGAGAAUAGCAGAAGGUCAUUGUGUCUCCGCGAUGGCCUCCUCUGGCUUCCUACUGUAUAGAAAUGCUCCUAUUGAUAUUCUCAAAGUCUUGAUAAACAAGAAGACGCAUAGUCUCCCCCCCCAUCUCUGACGAGUCCCACUUUUGCUCGGCGUGUUUGUUGGCCUUUCAUAGACUUGUGUAAGGAUUUUGUGGGGGAGCAAGCAGGCACGGAUACAUUGUUAUUGCUGUAAAUAAAACAUUGCGAGAAAAGAAA